AUGCAUUACAGUGAAAAAAACCCGGGCAGUCCUUUGCCAGUUUUAAAGCUAAAGGUUCACAACUUUUCAAAGAAUCAGACGUAUGUUGUCCCAAGUCCAAGACCUUUCUUGAAUAGGAGCCCGUACGUGUCGUCACUUGUUUGGAAGAACAACGUCACAUUUGCAGUCACGUGGCUAAGCGUGCAUCACAAUGUAUCUAUAAUUAGCAUUUGCUCAGCUUCUAGCGGGUUUUGUUAUGACAAUAUUCUGCUACAAUCACAAAUAGGAUGGAUAGAUCCGCCUGUUGAUAUCAUAUUUACACCUAGAGGAAACGAGUACUUUAUUACCAUCCCACGUUACGACGGGACCGGAAAUACCUAUAAACAAGUGGCGAUUGUUAAUGCUUCCGUUGAAAUCAAUCCACCCAAUCAAAACGGUCAGAUGAUAUAUCUUACGGUUAACACAGUGGAAGUUCAUAAAAUUGUCAGUUUCAGCAACAACACAGUGUGA